CGUUGCGACGUCGCCAGCCACACUCAGCAUGCCGGGCGUGAAGCUGACCACCCAGGCCUACUGCAAGAUGGUCCUACACGGCGCCAAGUACCCGCACUGCGCCGUCAACGGGCUUCUGGUGGCCGAGAGGCAGAGGCCACGCAAGGAGCACCCGCCGGGCGCAGGCGCCCAUACUCUCUUCGUGGACUGCAUCCCGCUUUUCCACGGCACGCUGGCCCUGGCGCCCAUGCUGGAGGUGGCGCUCACUCUGAUUGACUCAUGGUGCAAAGAGAACAGUUAUGUGAUCGCCGGCUAUUAUCAAGCUAACGAGCGUGUGAAGGAUGCCAGCCCAAACCAGGUGGCAGAGAAGGUGGCCUCCAGGAUCGCCGAGGGCUUCAGUGACACCGCACUCAUCAUGGUGGACAAUGCCAAGUUCACGAUGGACUGCGCAGCACCUACCAUCCAUGUGUACGAGCACCAUGAGAACAGGUGGAGAUGCAGAGAUCCACACCACGACUACUGUGAAGAUUGGCCGGAGGCACAGAGGAUCUUGGCAUCACUCCUGGACAGCCGCUCCUAUGAAACGCUUGUGGAUUUUGAUAACCAUCUGGAUGACAUUCGGAACGACUGGACAAACCCUGAGAUCAACAAAGCAGUUCUGCACCUGUGCUAGACGAGGGCCAUGACAGCUGGACACUCCACCACAGAGAAGAGGAAAGCAUAUUUUUAAAUUUAGAGGAGUAAUCACUUAGCCUGAUGGGAAGCUGCAAGUCUGUGAUGUGUGCCUUGGAAGGGGAGUCCGGUCGGCGUCCUUCAGGGCAGGGCUGUGGAGAGGUUUGGUUCUUAGUCCUGUGCUGCCCAAUCCUGCCCAGCAGAGCUCUUUCUGCUUGUCCCAGGUUGUUCCCAUUAAACAAUUCUAGCCUUUUAUAA